AUGUGGGUCGGAGGAGAUAGUGCGACUGUUGCUACCGGAGUCACUGGUGUUGGACCUCUAGGAGACGGUGUUACCGGUGCUGAGACCCGGGGAGACGAUGCUCCCGGUGCUGAGAUCCGGGGAGACGAUGCUCCCGGUGCUGAGACCCUGGAGGACGAUUCCACUGGUGUUGUUGGUACUGAGACCCGGGGAGACGAUACUACUAGUGCUGCCGGUACUGAGAUUCUGGAGCUUGGUGCUGAGACCCUGGAGGACGAUGCUACCGGUGGUGUUGGUACUGAGACCCUGGAGGACGAUGCUCCUGGUGUUGCUGGUACUGAGACCCGGGGAGACGAUACUACUAGUGCUGCCGGUACUGAGAUUCUGGAGCUUGGUGCUGAGACCCUGGAGGACGAUGCUCCUGGUGUUGUUGGUACUGAGAUUCUGGAGGACGAUGCUACCGGUGGUAUUGGUACUGAGACCCUGGAGGACGAUGCUCCUGGUGUUGCUGGUACUGAGACCCGGGGAGACGAUACUACUAGUGCUGCCGGUACUGAGAUUCUAGAGCUUGGUACUGAGAUUCUGGAGCUUAGUGCUGAGACCCUGGAGGACGAUGCCACUGGUGUUGUUGGUACUGAGACCCUAGAGCUUGGUGCUGAGAUUCUGGAGGACGAUGCUGAGAUUCUGGAGGACGAUGCUCCCAGUGCUGAGACCCUGGAGGACGAUGCUCCCGGUGUUGUUGGUACUGAGACCCGGGGAGACGAUGCUACCGGUGCUGAGACCCUGGAGGACGAUACUGAGAUUCUGGAGGACGAUGCUACCGGUGUUGUUGGUACUGAGACCCGGGGAGACGAUGCUACCGGUGCUGGGACCCUGGAGGACGAUACUGAGAUUCUGGAGGACGAUGCUCCCGGUGCUGAGACCCUGGAGGACGAUGCCACCGGUGUUGCCGGUACCGAGAUUCUGGAUGACGAUACUGAGAUUCUGGAGGACGAUGCUCUCCUUGAGGGUGUAUCCUGA